CUCCACAGAUUUACUUGGGAGAAGAAAAGUUUCUUGCAAUAAGUUGUAGAGUUCUUGAGCAACAAGAGAAAGAUACUCUUCUUGAGGCAGGAGUGCCCCCUUCAACCUCCACAAAUUUGUUUACUUGUUUGGCUCCUCUGAAAUCCGAAUAAUAAAUUUUGAAAAAUCUGAAAUAGAAUCGUGUGAAUAAAAAAAGACAGUUAUCUUGAUAGUUUAUAUAUUGGAAAUUUAUUAGAAGAUAAUUGAAAGAUCUCUUUUCUAAGAGAUUUUCAUAUAAAACUGAACUUCAGGGAAUAUUUCUUAGUAACUCUCUAGAAGCUAAAGUUAGACUUGUGUCAUAGUUGUAUUUAAAAUGUAAAUAUAUUCUAAGGAAACUUAAAGACUGAUGAACUCAUAAACCCUAAUUAAUUAGAACCCAUGAAAACUGAUGAACUCUUAAUAAAAUUAUCAAAUUGUUUAUAUUCUAAUAAAAGGUUAUCUUUGUUUUCAAAAGUUUUUUUUUUGACAUGUGUAGGAGUUUUUUUUUCAAAAAGAUUAAAUUUUUCAAAAGUUAAUUAGGUGUUUUCCUACACCAUGUGUAAUAAUUUUUUCAAAAAUAUUUAAAUUAUAUUUAAAAAUAAAAUGUUAUUCAUAUUGUAGAUUUUAUUAUUUUCUUACUAAUACUUUAAUAUAAAUUUUAUUUAAUUAAACAUAAAACUAAGAUAAAAAUAAUUUUGUUUAUUUUAAAUUAGAUUUAAGAAUAUAUAUGUAUAUAUUUAAAAUUGUAAUCUUAGAUAUAUUUUUUAUCUAUUUUUUGGUUUAAUAUAUUAAAUCAAAUUUUAAAAAAAUCUAAUAUGAAAAUGGUAUAAUUAUCAAAAAUUAAAACUAAACUAAAUUAAUAAAAUUUCUAUAUAUAUACGGAUAUAUAAAAGAAACUAAUGAUAUUACGAUUAAAAUUUUGAAAAUUUUAAUAAUAAAAAUUGUAUAUUAUAAAAAUUAGAAUUACAUAGUAUUUCGAAUUUGUAAUGUUAUAUUUGAAUAUAUUUAUUUUAAUGAUGAUGUAUGAAUUCUUAGCAUAUUUUAAAAAAAUUACCAAAAUUUUAAAUUAAUAUUAAAUGUAAUGUAUGAAUUAUUAUCAUCUUUUUUAAAAGUUUAUCAAAAAUAUAAAUCAAUAUUAAAUAUAAUUGUUGAUUUCAUAUUUAACCAUAAACCAAGUCAUCAAUUUUAAUAACUGUCAUUUUUUGUGAGAAUAAUUGUAAAGACAACAUGUGAUAAAUCAUUUAUCAAAUAAUGUUUCAGAGGAUCAAACCAUCCCACAGUUAUCGGACCCUCUUGUACGGGGGUAUCAGGCUCACAUUUCUACCGGAGAAAGAAAACCAAACUAAAAAAGAUGGAAAAUUUAAAAAGAAAUGUCGAGACCAGACACUGAACCCGUGCCUUUUCAGACCAGUACCUGAAGCUAGCGCCAUAGACCAACUCAGCCAUGUUGACUUUUUGCAAUUCAAAAACGCAAUAAAGUUUGAGAAUGAUGCCUAUUUUGACCAGUGUCAUUCGCCUUGUCUUGCUUCUUCUCUUACACCUGUUACUGUUAGUCUAACCUCAAUGAACUGAUAAUGAACUGUCUAGCGAAUGAAAGCUUAAACCUUUUAAAAAUCUCACCUUUUUCUUCUUCCCCCUCUGCUUACAGACUACUCUCUUCCGUCUCCAAUCUCCGAAACCCAUCUCUCCUUUCCACCAAAGACUGUACCUUUUCAACUCCUUUUAACCCUUUUCACUUCUUCAAUGAUCAUCAAACAAGCUCAAGCCUUUGUACACUCCAAACAACCAGAAUCCUACAGGGCCACUUGCUCAGACGAUAUCUAUUACCGUUCGAUGCUUUCCUUACGAAAUCACUGCUCAGUUGGUACUCGAAGUCGGGUUCCAUGGCUGAUGCAGCUAAGUUGUUCGACACAAUUCCUCAACCAGAUGUUAUCUCUUGUAAUAUCAUGAUCUCUGGUUAUAGACAGUGUAAACUGUUCGAAGAGUCGUGGAGGUUCUUCUGUAAGAUGCAUUUCUUGGGUUUUGAGGCGAAUGAGAUAAGUUAUGGGUCUGUGCUGUCGGCUUGUACUGCUCUACAGGCUCCUCUGUUGAGUGAGCUUGUGUUUUGUCAUGCAGUAAAGAUGGGUUAUUUCUUGUAUGAAGUUGUUCAGUCUGCUUUAAUUGACUCCUUCUCGAAGAGUUUUAGAUUUAGGGAUGCUUAUAAGGUGUUCCGUGAGACUUUAUCUCCUAAUGUGUAUUGUUGGAACACUAUGAUAGCAGGAGCACUUAGAAAUCAAGACUAUGGUUCUGUUUUCGAUCUUUUCUAUGAGAUGUGUGGUGGAGUUCAGAGACCUGAUAGUUAUAUAUAUUCCACUGUUUUGGCUGCGUGUGCUUCCCUUGAGAAGCUUAGGUUCGGGAAAGCGGUUCAAGCUCGGGUGAUCAAAUGCGGAGCAGAAGAUGUGUUUGUGAACACUACGAUCGUUGAUUUGUAUGCCAAGUGUGGGCAUAUGGCUGAAGCUAGGGAAGUGUUCUCCCGUAUCCCCAACCCUAGUGUUGUCUCUUGGACAGUUAUGCUGUCUGGUUUCACAAAGAGUGAUGAUGCUAUCUCCGCUCUUGAAAUAUUCAAGGAAAUGAUACGUUCAGGUGUUGAGAUUAGCAGAUGUACUGUGACCAGUGUAGUUUCUGCUUGUGGAGGGCCUUUUAUGGUCUCUGAAGCAAGCCAGGUCCAUGCUUGGGUCUUAAAGAGUGAAUUCUAUCUCGAUUCUUCAGUGGCUGCCUCCUUGAUUAGUAUGUACUCAAAGAGAGGAGAUAUUCAUCUCUCUGAAGAUGUUUUCAAGGGUUUGGAUGAUGUUCAGAGGCCAAAUGUUGUAAACGUAAUGGUCUCUUCACUUUCGCAGAAUAAGAAGCCUGGUAAAGCAAUAAGACUGUUUACUAGAAUGCUUCAGGAGGGUUUGAGACCCGAUGAGUUUAGUGUAUGCACUUUGUUAAGUGUAUUAGAUAGUUUGAAUUUAGGUAACCAGAUUCAUAGCUACAUUCUCAAAAGUGGGUUAAUCCUGGAUCUCACUGUUGGAAGCUCUCUUUUUACAAUGUACUCCAAGUGUGGUAGUUUGGAAGAGUCUUUUAGUUUAUUCCAGGAGAUACCUGUUAAAGACAAUGCUUGCUGGGCUUCUAUGAUAUCUGGUUACAAUGAGUACGGUCAUCUUAAGGAAGCUAUUGGACUAUUCGGUGAGAUGUUGUCUGAUGGGACUAGUCCUGAUGAGAGUACUCUAUCCGCUGUUCUAACUGUGUGCGCUUCUCUUCCUUCUCUGCCAAGAAGUAAAGAAAUACAUGGGUACGCGUUAAGAGCUGGUAUUGACAAAGGGAUGCCUCUUGGUUCCGCAUUAGUAAACACCUAUUCAAAAUGCGGCUCACUAAAGUUAGCUAGACAGGUCUAUGAUAGGCUCCCUGAAAUGGAUCCAGUUUCAUGCUCAUCGUUAAUCUCAGGAUAUUCACAGCACGGUUUAAUCCAGGAUGGCUUCUUCCUGUUUCGUGAUAUGGUCAUGUCUGGUUUUACCAUGGACUCCUUUGCAGUUUCAUCCAUUCUUAAAGCCGCUGCUCUCUCAGACGCAUCAUCUCUCGGAGCUCAGGUUCAUGCCUACAUCACAAAGAUUGGAUUGUGCACAGAGCCUUCCGUGGGGAGUUCACUACUGACAAUGUAUUCGAAAUUUGGAAGCAUUGAGGACUGCUGUAAAGCAUUCAACCAGAUCAAUGGUCCGGACUUAAUCGCAUGGACUGCGCUGAUUGCAAGUUUUGCGCAACAUGGAAAGGGUACUGAAGCGUUACAAGUGUUUAAUCUCAUGAAGGAAAAAGGAAUCAAGCCUGAUAAAGUGACUUUCGUAGGAGUCUUGUCCGCUUGUAGUCAUGGUGGUUUGGUCGAAGAAGCUUAUAUCCAUCUAAACUCGAUGGUAAAAGACUACGGUAUCGAACCUGAGAACCGCCAUUAUGCAUGCAUGGUCGAUGCUUUGGGGAGGUCAGGAAGACUUAAAGAAGCUGAGAGUUUUAUCACCAAUAUGCCUAUUAAAGCAGACGCUUUGGUCUGGGGAACAUUGCUUGCUGCUUGCAGACUUCACGAGGAUGUUGAACUCGGAAAGCUAGCUGCUAAAAAGGCUAUAGAGCUAGAGCCGUCAGAUGCUGCAGCGUAUGUUUCACUCUCGAACAUCCUUGCAGAGGUUGGUGAAUGGGAAGAAGUGGAGGAAACUCGGAAGCUGAUGAAAGGAAAAGGUGUAGAGAAGGAACCAGGGUGGAGUUCUCUCUGACA